AUAGCCAAUCAGAUCAAACCUUGCGUUUCGUCUCUUAUUGGUCAAAAUCGAGGGAUGCACUGAUCAACAGAUCCUCAUCAGCCUUUCGAACAGCUUCGAAUCAGGACGCGACUCUGGAUUCCUCAAACUCUGAAGGCAAUCGUGUUUAUUGCAUAAAAAGAAACAAGUUCAACCCUCCACUCCUUUUGUGCGCCAUGAAAGCCCGUAUUCUGUGCGUUCCAAUCUUGGUCACCCUGGCACUUGACUUGGCGCAGGCCAACGUCCAUGAUACCAGGGGACCCCGAGGUGUAGCUCCAUCGAGAUCCAAGUUGUAUACCCCGGACAGCGCUGGAAAUUGGCAGUGCUUUGAUGGAACAAAGGUGGUACCUUUUACAGCUAUCAAUGACGACUACUGCGACUGUCUCGAUGGAUCGGAUGAGCCAGGAACCUCGGCGUGCGGGAACUCAUACUUUUACUGCGAAAAUGCUGGGCAUAUCCCAGCGUACCUCAUAAGUUCCCGAGUGAACGAUGGCGUUUGCGACCCGGAAUGCUGCGACGGGACGGAUGAAUACGAUGGAAACACGCACUGCCCCAAUAUAUGCGAAGAAGUUGGCACAGAGGCCAAGAAGGAGCGAGAGAGGAUCCGCAAGAUCGAGAGGGAAGGAAGCGACAUCAGAAAGGGCUAUAUCGCGUAUGGUAAGGAUGCCAAAAAACGGCUCCAAGAGCAAUUAGAGAAAGUACAGGUCAAGGCGACACAGAUCAGGCAAAAGGCAGCAGAUACAAAAGCCGAACUGGACAGCGUGAAAGUAAAGCAGCAGGAAUAUUUGGAAAGCACAAAGGCCGAGCGCAAGAAGGCACGAGAAAUCCAAUUGGCACCACUGAUCGAGCAGCAAAGCCAGAGACUUGUCCGUGCGAUUGAAGCCAAGAAUUUGCUCCGCACUACCCUGGAAGAGCUGAAGGAGAAUCACAAUAAGAAUUAUCAUGAUCUCGCAGUUAAGGACACUAUUUCUGGAUUUGACGAAUACCUUGAGGAACUCAAGCAGGCUGCCGCAGAUGCAGCACAGAGGGAGGAGGAGAGGAAGGAGAGAAAGAAGGAUGAAAACAAGGAGCUGUCUGCGAAACAACGCUUGAUGGCGCUGCAGAGUGAAACAUACUACGCGCGAAAGGAGAUUGGAAGGAUGUUCCAUUUGAUCAAGACGAUGAAGGAGACCUACAACACGGAGUACAACGACGAGGCGGUUUUGAAAGCCAUCAAAGCUUUCGAAGAGUUUGCCCCACAAUGGGAUAAUGAUUUGGACGAGUUCGUUGGAGAGAAGCUCAUCGAGAUUCCAGAAGAAGUAUUGCCGAACUUCGAAGAUCAAGGCAAAGAAAGCAAGGAAACCUUGGGCGCUAUAUAUGGACGUGCUCGAAACAUUGCCAAAAGCGUUGGCCUCGGAUUUUUGUUCUAUGAAUCCAAGUCAGAGACGGAGCGUAUCCAAGAAGCAUACAACAAGGCGUCUGAGGAAGAGAGAAAGAUUGAGGAAGAGAUUAAGGCUAUCGAACGCAAGCUCGAGAUGGACUUCGGAAAGGACGAGACCUUUGCUCAGCUCGUGGACCAAUGCUUCGAGUACAAGGAUAUAGAAUACACGUACUCGCUAUGCCUGUUUGGCAGUGCAACGCAAAAAUCAAACGGGGACACUUCCCUUGGCACAUUCUCGUCUUGGGUCGGUAACAACUACGAUACACAGUUGUACACCGGCGGUCUCAGGUGCUGGAACGGGCCUGAGCGCUCUGUCAAUGUUGUGAUGAGUUGUGGGGCGGUGAACGAGAUUGUGUCCAUAUCCGAAUCAAAUAGGUGCGAAUAUCUAUUUAAGUUCAGGACGCCUGCUGUAUGUCGCCUGUCGAAUACGGAGAUGCUAGGAGAUCAGGAUGUCGUUCCCGAGGUGCACAUGCCUAGCGUUGUUUCUAAGGGUGAGACGAAAAAGAAGCACGAUGAGUUGUAGUCAACAUACAGAUCCAGAUUGCCUAUGAAAUAAAACCAAGUUGCGAU